GAGAGAGAGAGAGAGAGAUGGCAGUUCAAAACAAUGGGAGCUCAAAGUCCUUCGUUAAGAUCCCUGAAAUAAAGUUCACCAAGCUGUUCAUCAAUGGAGAAUUUGUCGAUUCAAUAGCAGGACGGACAUUUGAGACAAUAGAUCCCAGAACAGGGGAAAUCAUAGCCAGAAUUGCAGAGGGAGACAAGGAAGACGUGGAUUUAGCUGUCAAAGCUGCUCGUCAAGCUUUUGAUCAUGGACCAUGGCCUCGCCUACCAGGCUGUGAAAGGAGAAGAAUAAUGAUGAAAUUUGCAGAUUUGAUCGAGGAAAAUAUAGAAGAACUUGCCACCUUAGAUGCCAUAGAUGGUGGAAAGUUGUUCGGUUUUGGCAUGGCCGUAGACAUUCCUUCUUCAGUGGAAACUCUCCGUUACUAUGCUGGUGCAGCAGAUAAAAUUCAUGGAGAGACUCUAAAAAUGUCAAGGGAGCUUCAAGCAUACACUUUGCGUGAGCCCAUUGGUGUAGUCGGGCACAUUACCCCUUGGAACUUCCCAAGCAACAUGUUCUUCAUGAAGGUCAGCCCAGCUUUAGCCGCAGGGUGCACCAUGGUUGUCAAGCCUGCUGAGCAGACACCUCUUUCUGCUCUCUAUUAUGCUUAUUUGUCCAAGCUGGCAGGUAUCCCGGAUGGAGUAAUCAAUGUUGUAACAGGAUAUGGACCGACUGCUGGUGCUGCCAUUUGCUCUCACAUGGACAUUGAUAAAGUUAGUUUUACAGGGUCCACAGAGGUUGGACGUCUAGUAAUGCAGGCUGCAGCAAUGAGCAAUUUAAAACCUGUCUCCCUUGAGUUAGGAGGCAAGUCUCCUUUCAUGGUUUUUGAUGAUGCAGAUGUUGAUACAGCCACGGAUCUCGCUCUCCUGAGUACCAUGCAUAACAAGGGUGAACUCUGUGUUGCUGGUUCUCGUGUUUUCGUUCAGGAAGGAAUUUAUGAUGAGUUUGUGAAGAAGCUGGCGGAGAAGGCAAAAACAAGGGUGGUUGGGGACCCUUUUGAUCCUGCUGUUCUUCAAGGACCCCAAGUGGACAAGACCCAAUUCGAAAGGGUACUUUCAUACAUUGAGCAUGGGAAGAGGGAAGGUGCCACCUUGUUAACUGGUGGUAAGCCUUGUGGUGAAAGAGGAUAUUAUAUCGAGCCAACAAUAUUUACUGAUGUCAAGGAUGAUAUGACAAUUGCAAAGGAAGAGAUAUUUGGACCUGUUAUGUCACUUUUGAAGUUCAAGACCAUUGAGGAGGUGAUUACGAGAGCUAAUGCUACAAAAUAUGGCCUAGCAGCAGGCAUAGUGACCAAUGACUUGAACAUUGCCAACACUGUUUCGAGAUCGAUUCGAGCCGGUGUCAUCUGGAUUAAUUGCUAUUUUGCAAUUGAUAGAGAUUGCCCCUUUGGAGGGUACAAAAUGAGUGGGUUUGGGAAAGACUUGGGUAUGGAUGCCCUGGAUAAAUAUCUACAUGUUAAAUCUGUUGCCACUCCCAUAUAUAAUUCUCCAUGGCUGUGAAACAUCCAGUAGGAAACAGAGAGACGAGGGGGAAAAUAUUCCUGAUUAAGUAUUCUGUUGGGCUUGGCUUUGAAUUUAUAUAUGUACUUUCUUCUUCCUUUCUUCACCCAUUCCGUCCCAUUUACAGUAUGUGUAAUAAAAAUUCCAAA